CGCACAGACCCCGGCUCUCGUAAACUCCCGUCUAACGUGUUGCCGUAGCAGCAAUUAUCCCUUUCACCUGCCUGUCUCUCCUCAGUCCACGGUGGAGGGAACAACAAGUGGUUGCAGCCAGCGAGGUGCUGUAAAAACGGGCUGGAGGAGGCGGGGAGGGAUGCACAUAACAGAUUUGAUAUCCAUCAGUGCUUCUGCAAACCUGGAUGAGUCACUGGUCUCUGAAAGAAACACAGGGCAGGAGGGGGGGAAGGAGGGCGCUGCUCUCUCCAGGGAGAGGAGAGCUGGCUGUCUUGCAUGUCAUUUGUGAGGACUAGGCACGACCGGAGAGGGAGGCAGGAAAGAGAGGGAGAUUAGGAGUGUCUGGGUGGGUGGGAUUGAAGAUGAUGGGGAGGAAGAGGAGAUAGAGAGAUAGAUAGAGAGGGAGAGGGGGUUUGUUUGUUGUUUUCUAUUUGGCUCAUCACUCUUCAAGUAGAUUUUGAAAGGAUGGAUGGAGGAACUAACUCCACAGAGACCUGAAUUCAUUACUCGAUUCAUAUCCACAGAUUUUCUCUCUCUCUUUCACUCUUUCUCUCUGUUUUGUUGAGUCAAUCUGGAUUUGGAGAGUGGCAUGUUGCACUGGAUGGGAAGUGAGACAGUGGGGCGAGAGUAAGAGGAGGAUGGCGUACACACAGGGCAGUUGGAACCCAUCAAUGAGGGUCUUCUGUCCAGACUGUCUGACUUCCUGUUGUGUCGCUGGUCGUGCCGCUCCUGUUGGCAGUGGUGCUGGGAGUGCAGCUGCUGUCAACCCACUGAUGAGGAGGUGGAGAUUCUGGGGCCUUUUCCAGCUCAGACUCCAUCAUGGCUUGUUAAUGAAUGCAAUGACGAGAAAGACACAGAUUCUCACUUCAUGGCCGAGAACCACGCUUCUCCUGCUCAAAAUGACACCUCUACAAACUGCAGACCUGCCUCAGAAACAUCCCGAUCCACCUUCACCCUGGCAGGCCAGCUCUCCAGUCUGAACGCCCGACGGCCAAGCUCCCCCAUGGUGGAUGUAAAGCCGAUUGAAUUUUGGGCCAUGGGACCCCGGAAGGAAGUGGUGCAGCCCCUGCGUAAGCCUCCGACACCGCCAGAUGACUAUUUCCGCAAACUGGAGCCUCGUCUGUACUCACUAGACUCCUGCAGCGAUGACGUUGACUCUCUGACGGAUGAAGAGAUUCUAGUGCGGUACCAACUUGGCAUGCUGCACUUCAGCACACAGUACGACCUCAUCAACGCCCACCUCAUCGUGCGAGUCAUCGAGGCCCGGGACCUGCCCCCUCCCGUAACAUGCGAUGGUGCUCGCCAAGACAUGGCCCACUCUAACCCCUACGUGAAGAUGAGCCUACUGCCCGACCACAAGAACUCCAGGCAGACCGGCGUUAAACGCAAGACCCAGAACCCAGUUUUUGAAGAGCGCUUCACUUUUGAGAUCCCCUUCCUGGAGGCCCAGAGACGCACCCUGCUGCUCUCUGUGGUCGACUUCGACAAGUUUUCACGGCACUGUGUCAUCGGGAAAGUGUCUCUUCCUCUUAGUGAGGUUGAUCUAGUGAAGGGAGGACAUUGGUGGAAGGCACUCGUGCCCAGUUCUCAGAAUGAGGUUGAGCUUGGUGAGCUUCUUCUGUCCUUAAACUACCUGCCCAGUGCUGGCAGGUUAAAUGUGGACAUCAUCCGAGCAAAGCAGCUGCUUCAGACAGACAUGUGCCAAGGUUCAGAUCCUUUUGUUAAGGUGCAGCUGGUGACAGGUCUUAAGCUGAUGAAGACUAAGAAAACAUCCUGUAUGAGGGGCACCAUUGACCCCUGCUACAAUGAGUCCUUUAGCUUCCGCGUACCUCAAGAAGAACUGUGUGAAGUCAGUCUUGUGUUCACAGUUUACGGGCAUAACGUGAAGAGCAGCAACGAUUUCGUUGGUCGUAUUGUGAUUGGCCAGUUCUCCACCGGCCCGCAGGAAACCACGCAUUGGCGUCGGCUCCUGGGCUCCCAGCGCACCCCGGUGGAACAGUGGCACAGCCUGCGCUCCCGUGCAGAGUGUGACCGCGUCUCUCCGGCUUCUCUCGAGGUCACAUAAUACAAACACAGGACAGUCAUUGAAGGUGGGAUAAAGAUCUAUGAAAAGAACUUUAACCUAAAACUUAAAACACAAACAUCUGGGAGUGUCCCAACGUUUCUGUGAGUAAUUUUUAAUGGUUUGACACAUAAACUAAUAGAUCUAUUCUUUAUAGAAUAGUGGGCUCUGUCUUGGUGUUAUUUGUGUUCAUUCUCCCUUACCAUUAUUAUGGGGAGAUGUAGACAGUAGAAAAGACCUCAGAGAGUUUUUCCGUUUAUGAUGACGAGCAGAAGCCUGCUGUACAUGAUUUCUUUUUAUCACAUUGAUACUAUCUUACAUGGGAGCUCAAUAAUCUCAUCAUCAUCUGAUCCUCGGCUGCAUUCAGGCUGCUCAGGUGUCCAGAGGAAGAGCAGCUGUGAGGCUCAGACAGCGAGACCACACCGAAUCACAGGUUUGGUCUGCAGUGUUUUAAUAAUCAUAUUGUUUCUUUUUUCAGAUUUCAAUAUGAUUGCAGAUUUGAAGUAGUUGGAAUCUGUGGCAACACAGUUGGUCAUUUUUAUUGUCCAGGUUGAAUGUUUAAAGUACGAUUUUACACCAAAGCUUGGUUUGGUCGUGUUUUGUGACCUGUAUCACUGUUCUCCAUGCACAUAUUGAUCUUUGAUUGUGUUUAAGUGUUUGUGAGUGUGCAUUUGGUAAAUGUUUGCACUUACGGCAGCUGAGUUUUACAGAAAUGCUAAGAGGCCAUGCAUUAUUUUAUUUUUAUAUUUUUGUCUCGUUUUAUGAGAGAACUUGACUUGAUUUGAAUCAAGUGAACACACACAUAAAUAUAUUUAUAUAGUUAUUUCGAGAUCCCAAGAAAAUUAAGUCAAAACAAUCUAGACAAAAAAAAGCUAAUAAUAAUAAUGAUGUAUGACCUCUUAAAGGAUUAGUUCACUUCAAGAAUAAAAAUUUCCUGAUAAUUUCCUCACCCCUACGUGAUCCAAGAUGUUCAUGUCUUUCUGUCUUCAGUCGCAAAGAAAUUUUUGAGCAAAACAUUCCAGGAUUUUCUAUCUACACUGUAAAAAAUAAAAAACACAAUUUGAUGAGUCAGCUUAAAAUAAUUUGUUACCCUGCUGCCUUAAAAUUUUAAGUUCAGUCAACUAAAAUAAGUUUAGUCAACUUUAAAUGUUAAGUUGUACUAACAACUUAGAUAUUUGUGUUUGCUAAACUUAACAGAUGGGUAAGUAACCCAGCUGCCUUAAAAUUUUAAGUUGAUUCAACUCAAAUAUCUAAGUUGUCAAUUUAACAUUUCAAGUUGAAUAAACUUUUGAGUUGACUGAACUCAAAAUUAAGGCAGCCAGGUUACAAAUUAUUUUAAGUUGACUCAACAAAUUGUUUUGUACAGUGUAGUGAAACGAUCUGUCAUUUUCUUAAAAAAGUAAAAAUGUAUAUACAGUAGUCAACAUUUGAAGUGGAUCAAAACCUUUCAUCAAAGUAGUUCUAAAACCAAAACAAUACCCAUUCUUGUUUUAGGACAACUUUGAAGAAAGUUUUUUUGAUCCACUUCAAAUGUUGACUACUGUACUUUCUAACCACAAAUGCUCAUCUUGCACUAGCUCGACUUUUUUUUGAAACUGGAGGAGAAAAUGAGAUGGAGUUUUUCAUCCUACUCAACCUUUUUGAACCAAAGUACACAGAUGAAGAACUAACUGUGCAUGACCUUUCCAACGUGAUUACAUGCGUGAAGUCAUAGAUGCACAUCGCAGAGCUAGUGCAAGAUGAGCAUUUUGUUAAGAUAUAUAAAUUAGUUUUUUAGAAGAUGACUGAUCAUUUCGCUAGAUAAGACCCUUAUUCUUUGGCUAGGAUUGUAUAGAGCCCUUUAAAGCUGCAUUGAAACUGCAAUUUAGACCACCACUGAAGUCCACUACAUGGAGUAAAAUCCUGGAAUGUUUUCCUCAAAAACCUUCAUUUCUUAGCAACUGAAGAUAGAAAGACAUGAACAUCUUGGAUCACAUGGGGGUGAGUAAAUCAUCAUCAAAUAUUUAUUCUGGAGUGAACUUCACCUUUCUGGCUUCUGUAUCACCUUGCAUUAGUGUUAGUGUCUGCACAACGGUGAGCAUGCUUUCACCGCUUGGGCAAUAUAAUGCCAUGCCAAGAAGGUGCAGAUACACAUUUCUCUUUGCUCUGUUACCUUCACUCCACGCUUUUGCCAAGUUCAGUUCAUGUACUGUAUUAUCAACAUCUUGGAGCUGUAUUUUGUCUCAACGCUUUCUCAGUCAGUCUAUGAAGUAUGUAUAAAUUAGGAUAUGUUUGGGGAGGGGGGGAUGUUCUUAGCAUAGAAUCAAAGUGCAAUCAAAAACAUUACUGUAUCUGUCUUCUUAAUCUUUCUUCUAUGUGAUCAGUGCGAGAUAAGUGUUUGUUUCAGGUCAGUUGUAUAUGUUUCCACCAAUGUCGAUGUUAAUGUAGAUGAUUACACAUGAUUAGAGUGGUAAUAUUAACAAAUAAUAAUAAUGACACUGUGCCAGUGAAGAUAUGUAUCUAUUUAUUUAUUUAGAUUUAACAAAAAUGCAUAUAAUAAUAGCUAUAUAAUUAUCCCUAAAACAUAUCUGUAUAUAUUUAUAACUUAAAUUGUGUACAGAGAAUUGAACAAAGCAUGUUGCAAUAUAGACUAAAAAAGAAAUAUAGAUAAAUUAUGAUUUUAAUGACUUCAACAGAAAGAUUUUGGUUUCAAAGGUGACUGUUUUUAACUGUCUUCAUUAUAUUCUAAACAAAAAUGUUCCGUCCACUGUUUCCCUGUCUGCUCUGAAUCUUCUGAGAGUUUGUUCCUGAUGCUGUCUAUGUAGUGGUUUAUUAAGUGCGAGUAGAAAUGAAGCAGACCUCUGAUCAGCAGAAUCCCUUUAAAGGUCUCUUCCACAGAGAUUGUAAUGUGUGAAUCAAUCAGAGAGAUGUAUUACGUGAGGAAAGUGUAUUUUGGUUGUUCCAUACUGCAUUAAAGUGUUGUUUGUUAC